CGGAGACAGAUAUACAGUGAAAGGUUAUUUGCGGUGUCUCGUGUAUGGACAAGACGACUAGUCUCGUGCUCAGUGUUUAGAUGCGAGUUCGUGCGAAACAAUCUCGAAAUGAUCUAGUGUCAAAUGAUUUUUUGAUCGAACGUUAAUUUUUUUUUUAAUAUGUGACUAAUGAUAUGUGGUUUACAAAUCGAAAAUCUCCAACAAGACGGAUAUAAGCUCAAAUAAAAUGAAAAUUCUUUUAUGGACACUGCUGGGUUAUAUUGUGGUAGUUCAACUGAUCUCCACUACAAAAUGUGAUGAAAGAGAACAUGUUUUUAAACAGCGCGAUUCCUCACAGAGCAACGAUGAAACAGAAAUUAGCGAUCUAACACAGAUUGAUUCAGAAGCCAACGUUGGCGAAGAAGAUGAUAUGGAAGAAACCGGCAUCGAUGAAGCUUCUUCUGAUAUUGUAGAAAGUCAUGUGCCAUUUCCAGGCAAUCAAGAACGAACUAGCGAAGAUGGUGAUGCUGAACUCCAUGUUCCAAUAAGAAAAACCCGCCGUAGGCGUCGACGUCGACGUAAGCGACCUAGGACAUCAACACACAUGUAUGAAGAACAACAAGAUGCUACUGUAGAAACGAUAGCAACGCCACAACACAAAGAAACGUCCGAAGAAGAUUAUGCGGAUGGUGUAUACGUUAGAAAACGACCAAUGAAGAGACGAAGGCGGCCGAUUAAUAGGAGACCAGUGUACGAUGAGUUAGAUGGAGAGAACAUUUUACCGCGCAGAAAAGUCCCAAUAAGAAGACCAAUUAAUACUACGAAUGAUGAUGGAGAGAUCGUAAACACUAAUUGGGACCCUGUAACAACAACAGAAGAAACAAAAUGGAAACCUUUGAAGUCCACUACAAUAGAAAACCCGUCGUCUACAACACUUAAAUUUACAAUAACAACAACACCUAGAAUUACAACUUUUUCACCAACAGUACAACAAAACUAUGUGGAAGAAACAAGUAAAGAAACAACUAUAAAAGAUUCAAAGAAACCAAAUUCAACCCGUGCAGAUAUGGUAGUGGUACAUAAAAGACCGGUCAGCGGUAAUUUACCACUUACUUCAGCAGUGUUAAGGCGACGCCUAAGACCACAAAAUAACGCUUCCGAAGAAGUUACUACGGCUUUUACAACGCCGUUCACUACAACAACAACUCCAAAACCAAGUGUUUUAAUAAUUAAAGAAGAUGUUCCUCUGUCUUUACUUCCUCCAGGUUUUAAAAAAUUAUCAAAUGAACAAAAGACUAUCAAAGAAACUACACCUUCUUCAGAUGAAUACCAAUUCGAUGACGAAGCGUUGUCAAAAAUGAUAAGUGAACAGCCUAAAUACCAAGUUGAAGAAUUAACGUUUAAAUCAGAUAGCAUCCCAAAAGUCAAGGACGAAAUCCUUACUUUGCUAAAAACUAAGACCGGGUCCUUGUUAUUAUCUAACAUACUAAAUUUAAGAAACAUGUCAUUAGAACAACUAUUACAGCACAGAGAGCGAGGAUCUAGUCAAAGACAUCAAGAACUAUUGGAAGUUAAUGAGACGACAACCUCAGGAGACGAACCAUCUUCAUAUAACCCAAAGUUAUUAGAAAAUACAAAAAACUUUACUGAUUAUUUAAUUGAAACGAAACGUUUGGCACAAAAAGAUCGAAAUAUCAUAGGAUUAAGCAAUACUCAAAUUUUUGUCGAUAAAUCAAUUUCAUCACAACAAACUAAAACAACUGAUCGUUACGUGACCAUAUCUAAAGAAGAGCGAGGAAAAGACAAAAUUUUAAACGAAGAAGUGAUGGAAUUAGAUAAACUGAUGGAUAGUAAUCAGUCAGAAAUUAUAUUUCAACACAAUAACGAAGAUAAGAGAAAUUUCGAACAACACAUGAAGAUAGAUUUGCCAACAACUACGACGUUUAUAUCCUCAUCUAAUGGAGUUACUUUGAAAAGUCCUAGGUCUCGAACUAUAAUGGAAACUGUGGAUAGAGAACCACGUAUAUUUGAAAGUCUGCCAGUUUUUUCGACGAGAUCACCAUUCAUAACGCCUACAAUACCUUCACAAGUAUUAUUUAUACAAGAUACCAAUCAUAUUGAUAAAUAUAAAAUUGACGAUGACAAGGAAAUUAAUGAAGAAGAUUUAGUAUAUAAGCGUUUUGAAAUGAGAAAAUUGCCUGUAGCUGUUAAGUCUGCUAUAAUAGCCAGUGCUGCAAUACUGGCCAUAGCAGUUUUAGGAUUUUUCGUAUUGCUAGUUUCAUGUCGUAUGAGACAAAAAAAGAGAGUAAUGAGAAAGAACUCGGUAUACUGUAAACAUAAUAUUCAUCCAGAUCCAGAACUUCGGUCUAGUGCCCGUAGCACUAGUCCUGUGAUGGACAAAAAUUAUCACAAUCAAUAUUACGAUGGAUAUGGUAGUCGCAUUGAUGAUCGUGUAGCAGCAAACCGUCAAUAUUACCUAUGGAGAACAUUAAGGAGAACUUUUCGUUAUGACUGACCAUAUUAUUGUUUAAGUUUUAUUCACACAUUGUAGAUACUAAAUACAUUUCUUUUAAAUUAUAAAUUAUUAAAUAGGCUUGCACAAUACAAAUUAUUCAUGAACAUUUCUGUGCAAUUGAAUUACUACGUAUAAAUAAAUAGUUAAAUCUAUUUUAAUUUAUUCUCAAUUAAUAAAAUAUUAUAGCAUAUA